CUGCCCGGCCACGUCAUGACGUCACUCUGCAUCAGCACCCACAGAGUAGUCGCAGCCAUUUUACUCCGCCAAAAUAAACUUCAAUCUCAUUGCUGGAGGAAACACAAUCACUGAGGACGACGCCGUUGUCAUUAUGGACACAUCGCCAUGAGCGCCAGCGCGGACGUUGUGGGGUUCCCGCCGUUGUCACGUCUGUAGCAACCUCACUCAACCAAAGGACUGUGACCUUACGUACCUGCCAAUUGCCUGGGAAAACAUAUCCCUAAUUCUCUCCUGACGCAGGGAUGAAGCCCCAGGCUUCCCUGGGGCACCUUGGAGCAGAAGGGAUGUGUGUGCUGGUCCCCAGUCCACAGAGUGAAGCAGUGACCCAUGACAUGGAGGAGUUGUCGCUGCAGCCCAUCCAGAGACUGCCCCCGCUCAAUGAACGCAAAAACGUUCUGCAGUUGAGACUUCAGCAAAGACGAACUCGUGAGCAGUUGGUGGAUCAAGGCAUCAUGCCACCCCUGAAGAGUCCGGCUGCUUUCCAUGGGCAGAUCCGCAGCUUGGAGAGAGCAAGGACAGAGAAUUUCCUUAAGCACAAGAUCCGCAGUCGUCCAGAGAGAGCAGAACUGGUCAGAAUGCACAUCUUGCAAGAGACUGGAGCUGAGCCGUCACUACAGGCCACUCAGAUGAAGCUAAAGAGGGCCCGAUUGGCCGACAACUUGAAUGAGAAAAUCGCCCAGAGACCUGGUCCCAUGGAGCUUGUAGAGAAAAACAUUAUACCUGUGGAUUCCAGCCUUAAACAUGUCAUAAUAGGGCAGGUGAAUUAUCAUAAAGUCUCGGAUGAGGACAGUAGUGAUGCCCUGUCCCCAGAGCAGCCCGCUAGCCAGGAAUCUCAGAGCUCUAUCCCCUCACCUGUGGAGGUAAAAGGCCCAGAAGCCCCCACUCCAGCGCCACUUCCUCCUAGCAUCUUACUGAAGUCCCCCCUAGCUGCUGUACAAUCCACCACAGACAGAAUGAAGGUAUUCACUGCGAAUGAGCACCCUUCAAGCCGCCCUGCAGUAUCUGCUGCUCAUCCCGUCACUCCUUCCAAGCCAGGCCCAACACUGGUGAAACAAAGCCAGCAAAAGACGCCGUCUGAGAAGAGCCGCAAGAAAGGCAAAGAGCCCAAACCCAGAGUGAAAAAGCUCAAGUACCAUCAGUAUGUUCCACCAGACCAGAAGCAGGAGGCCUGUGAGGCCCAGAUGGAUUCCUCCUAUGCCAGACUUCUAGAGCAGCAGCAGUUGUUCCUCCAAUUACAGAUCCUCACCCAGCAACAGCAGCACUACAACUAUCAGACUAUUUUACCUGCCCCGCUCAAGCCCGUGACAGAGGGCAUAAGCGGCAGUCCGACCUCCAUCGUUGUUUCUUUGCCCACUGCACCUCCACCACCCACACUGCCUCUGGCACGGCAGAACAACUCCUUCUCGAGCCGUAAGCCCGGAGUCUUGCCUCCCAACUUGGAGGAGAUGAAGGUUGCUGAGUUAAAGCUGGAGCUGAAGCUGCGUGGCCUCCCUGUGUCAGGAACUAAAAUGGAUCUGAUCGAAAGACUAAAGCCCUUCCAGGAUAGUCCUAGCUCGCCUGCUCUGACCACUAUUCCAUCACCUGCCACCACCACUCUCACCGCCAUUCCCAUGGAGAUCGUCACCACCACUACCAGACCUGCUGUCACCCAUCCACUCCAGCAAGUGGCCACUGAGAUUAUAAACUCCACGCCUCCUGUCUCGCCCCCGACUCCCAAGGGUCUUUUUAGCUUCCGGCAGGAUGUAGGCCUGUCUGACACAAAUUGUGAGCCAUCAGGGCCCACACAUCUCCCUCCCUUGCCUGUCCCAGAAAAGGACAGGAGACUCCAUGAGAAGGAGCAGCAGAUUGAAGAGCUAAUGAGGAAGCUUGAGCAUGAGCAGAAGUUGGUGGAGGAGCUGAAGAUGCAGCUGGAGGUAGAGAAGAGGACUCAGAGCAGCACUGACUCUCCAUUUGUAGUAUCAAGUUCUACGAGCCCUGUUUCAACAGUCCUCAAUACAAACACUGUAAAACUGGAGCAACCGACCUUGUCAAACUGUUCUCCAUCUUCCUUUCCUAAUUCUCUCUUGGGCUCCCGGACUCUUACUAACCCGCUGCAAAAUGUGGUGAAGUUGGAGGACAUGACUGUGUGUUCUGGCAAACCUGUCCAACUUCCGCCUCAAAGAUCGCAGAUCCUCACGCAUACUCAAGGCCAAGUUAGCAGCAGCCCACAGCCUCUCCAGAGAAGUCCCAAACUCAACAACCAGCUGCAAUCCCAACCCGCCGCCCCCAACCUGCAGCAGUUCUUCAUCAGCCAUUCUGGCGGGGUUUCCCAGAUGCUUGGUCAACCUGAGACUCUGCUGACCACAAAUGGUCAGGCUGGAACUCAAAUUCUGCUCCCUGUGUCACUACCCAACAACACAGCUUCCAUCCAGAUGCCGAGCACCACGGUCAGCCUACAGCCUGUCCUUCAGGCAACUGUCUCAAAUCCAGGCCGAGUCCAGGCCUCCAUUCCUCAGCUGCAGACCACCAAGAUAGAGACAUCCCCCAGUCAGCAGUUAGUCAACCACAACUCAUUGCUGCAGACUUUAACAAUGUGCACUAACACCAUGGACACAAAGAACCACACAAGGCCUGAGAUAAAUCCCCAGUGUUUCUUGAGGAGCUCCCCGGAUAGCAGAGCCUCUCCUCGGCCAUCGCCCAGUCACAUCUCCAAUGGGCCCCUCAAUAAGUCUUCCUCUGCAACCCAGCCCAACUUGAUCCUGCAGCCUGCAUCUUUGCUUUCUCAGCUUCCCAAAACAAAAGAACCUCCUCGCUAUGAGGACGCUGUCAAACAGAGCCGCAACAUGCACGUCAACAACGUUUCACAGGUUGCCACAGCAACCAGUCAGCAAAUGGAUGACUUGUUUGACAUCCUCAUACAGAGUGGAGAAAUGACUCCGUUUAUCCCGCAUGAUUGUCUGACUAAGAGCCACCCGGUCACAGCCAGCGUCAGCACGCUUCCCCUCAACAGCGCCCUCUACAGAUCCCCGCCACACAUCCAGUUGGCCCCUCCCCCCACGCUGAGUCCCGCCAUGGACCCCAGCCUGGCCAACCUCUCCUCGCUGGCCACCGACAACCAGCUGGAGGCCUUCCUGGAGAGGACGCUGGCCGACACGCCGUCGGCAUCAGACCCGCGCACGCAGGGCCUGAUGGAAGAGCUGCAGGCGCAGCUGAUGGACCAGCAUCCCUACUCGCCCAUGGACACCUCCGACCUGUCCUUCUGUGACUCCUCCUCCUCGCCGCCGUCCUCGCUCAACAUGGCUUUGUCCGACCCGGCGCUGGACAACAUGGAGUGGCUGGACCUCACCAUGCCUCCGGGCCCGGGCGGGAUCCCUGCGGACUUCCUGGACUCGCAUGACAUGCAGCUGCACUGGGAGUGAUGCGCCGCCGCAAGAUGGAAAAGAGCACUGAUGGCGUCGGUAACAGUUCAACUACGACCACGUGGAACUACACGCAGGAGUUUGCACAGCUGUCAAAAAAUGAUGAUGUCAUCACUUCGGUGGCUAAAAACAAAAAGGAUGGAAAUGGAUUGUCUAAAAAGGCCAGGAAGAGGCGGAGCCAAUUGGACUUGAGUAGCAUGGACUAUCUGUACAUAUGAAGAACAUGGCUCAUAAACAUCAUGAUCCUGCCAUAUUGUGACCCGUGUGCACGUCCUGCAUGUUUGCUGACUCGUUACGACGCUGAGGAACAAACAUCCACAAAAACUAUCUGGGAAGGAACACAGGUGAGAGCUAUGCACUACAGAGGCCUCCACUUGGAUGACGUCACAGAUUUGUCCACAAGUCUCUCUUUUAUGAAUGUAUUCUGUCAGGUGAGGGAACUCUCGUAAUCACGGCAGCUUUGUGAUUGUGUAAAGGGAACAAAUGUAGACCUCACAUUUUAGCUCCAUCCAUAUCCAACUGUCCUGCAGUGUGUGUGUGUGAGUGUGUGAGUGUGUGUGUGUGUGUGUGUGUGUGUGUGUGUUCUUGUAUUUCUACCCUUUUUGAGAUAUCAACAAGGAAAAGUACCUUCCAUAUGAGGACCUGUGAACAAGUUAGGACAUAAAUCAUGGUCCCAAUACGGAAAACCAUUGCAUCUAAUAGAGAAUGUCUCAUUUGCACCCCUGGUGGUGAAAAAUAUCAAAAUUAGGGUGGUCCCAAAAAAGAGGGAUUUUUCAAAUUGACUGUGUCGGUUUUAAAAGUGCUCCCCCUCUGGUCAACAUAUGUAAUAACAAGUGUGUGUAAAAUUGAAAUGCGCCCCCUUUGGCCCAAAAUUAAUAAAAAAAAAAAAAAAAAAAAAUGUAUACAGAGACAUACUGUAAUAACUUGAACUUAGACUUAGACAAACUUUAAUGAUCCACAAGGGAAAUUGUUCCACACAGUAGCUCAGUUACAAUGAUGACUUUGGUGUAAGGAUGGAAAGGACAAUGCAGGUAUAAAUAGACUAAAUAUAGCGCUAUAAAAUAUAACAUAUACGUAAUAUUUACAUAAUAUAUGUAUUAUGUAAUAUAUGAAAUAAAUAAUGAAGAUUAAAAAACAAUUACAAACCAAAAAUUACCUUAAAGCUUACUUUUUUACUAUUUGGCAUAGUAUGUAUAUAUUAUUAAUCUUGUAAAUACACAUCUUUAUAUAUCUAAAAAGGGUGGUCCUAAAGAGGUAGGCAUUUUUCGGAGGUCUCAAGAAGGUAACAAACACAAGAAUGUGUAUGUGUGUGUGUGUGUGUGUGUGUGUGUGUGUCAUCAAUGAAGUCAUUAGAAUACAGUCAGAGUAAAAAAAACAAAAAAAACUAGCCUAAUUGGACUUUUGUAGCAAUGUUCCCAUAGUUAGAAUUGAAAUAGUCAGUUCCAGGGUCAAACUGUCGCCAUCACUAAAAAUUCAGGCAUUUUAACAUCAUGACACAGGUGUGGAAGUGCAUGGUGCUGUCUUACCUGGUCGUGAAAGUGUAAGAAGAAGUUCACGGCUGUGUAGUAAAACUUCAAAACAACCCAGGAGUGCUCAUGUUCACUCUGGUGAGAGCAGAAAUAAUCACAGAGUUGUGUAGAUUGUAAGUGGAAGUGAUGGAUCAUCAUGUUUAAAAGUCUACCCCAGCUGACUUAGGGACAGCCAAUCACAAGGCGCAUAUGAACAAACAGACUUUUGUUUCCAAAUAUAUUUUUGGAUGUGGUAGAAAGCAGGAGUGAACCCACACAAGCCUGCGAGGCGCAUGUGCUACCCACUUAGGCACCGUUCUGUCUUUUGAGGAGUCUAUUAAAAAGGAGCGCAAUACUGGCUGCAACCAGCAGGAGGCGCUGUUGCUCCAGGCUCCCAAUAUAAUAUAUUUAAUAAUCUGACGUCCUGUGCAUGUUUAGUCGUGCGGAAAAAUCUCACUUUUAGAAAUGUAUGAAUUAAUCUAACAAGGAUAAAAUUAAUUGUUCUUUUAUAACAGAUUCAGCCAUGUUGUACUGACUAGCCAGGGCAGAUAAAGAGUGCGUCACUUCUGCUUUCCUCGGAUGACAAAAUAACCCCAUAACUGUUCUAAAAUAAGAACGAUUGCUGAAGUCACGUGGGUUGUGUGGGCGUGUCACCAGCAGCUUUACGUCGUCUUUGUGUCGCAUUGUCCGUGCAGUGUUCACUUCCUCCUGCAGCAACGUGUUGUUACCCCCCAUGGCCACAAGAGGGCGCCAUCACUGCUUUAGUUCUCCACGCAACUUUGCAUAGAUGUGAUUCCAUGUGGAGCCUUUUGUCACUUGAGCCAAUACUAACGAGUUAUUUGUUUUUUUUUACAUUUGUUCGCCUUUAAGGGUGUCAAAUUGAAUGUUUUAUGGACAAAACAAGACAUUGGACUUUAUUAUCACUUUUUUCAGGUUGAUUUAUUAUGAUUAUUAUUUUUCUUACCACUACUUUGGUUUGCAUUUUUCUUGUUCUACUGAUAUAUUUGUCAUAUCGGCCCUCGGUGAUCGGAGCCCGACUGGCCAGUGAAGGUCAGCUCGUACGUUACUGUAACCAUGACAACCUUGUACUGUACUUUGCUGCAUGUGAUAACAGUUAAGAAUCUACUACGGUGUUUCUGGAUAACUCCUGGGCUUCCCCUUACCGACUGCAGUUUAUCACCAUGGUAACAGUAACAUCAAUUCUGACUAUUCUGGGAUUUAAAAAAAAAAAAAAUCACCCUUUCCUUCCACCUUUUGUUUGCCUGCCAUACGUUUUGCACAUUGUGUACAUACUUCUAUAGAUGUAAGUCAUAUUUUUAUACAUGUUUAGAAUCACGGGCUCUCUAUGUUGUAAAUACUUCAAAGGAUGUAAGGCCUUUUUAUGUGAAGAUAAUAAAAUUGGUGUACUAUGA